AUGGGUCUGCUGAGUUCCAAACACUCCAAAGUCAAACCAGCUAAGGUAUUAAUGCUGGGACUCGAUUCAGCCGGGAAAUCUACACUAUUGUACAAGUUAAAGUUUAAUGAUGUUUUCCUAACACUCCCAACAAUCGGUUUUAACGUGGAGAUGAUUGAAACAGGGCAAAAUAUUGCUAUAACAAUCUGGGAUGUUGGCGGGCAACAGAAAAUGAGGACAUUUUGGUGCAAUUACUUUGAAAAUGCAGAUGGCCUAGUGUACAUUGUGGACAGCACUGAUAAGCAACGUCUGGAAGAUUCAAAGAAAGAAUUUGAACUUCUCUUAAAGAAUGAAUUUCUAAAGAAUGUGCCUAUUGUUUUGUUAGCUAACAAGCAGGAUCUUCCUGGAGCUUUGAACGCUGAGGAAAUAACUAGGAAAUUCAACAUGCAGAAACAUUGCAGUGAUAGAAAUUGGUAUGUACAGCCUUGUUGUGCGAUCACUGGGGAAGGUCUGGCAGAAGCAUUCCAGAGAAUAACAGCAUUUGCAAAAAACUGCAAAAAAUCAAGAGAAGAAGCUUUUACAAUUUUCAGGCAAGAUGAAAAGUUGUAA